ACAAACUCUCUCCAAAAGGAUGAGGGCGAUGCAAUGAACGCACAGUCUCACAUACAGAGACACAUCACCAUGAAAGAACUUUAAUAAGCGAAAGCGUUUUAUCUGUCAUGUUGCGCGUGGCAGUUGAAUCUGCGGCGGAUCUGCCCAAGAAGAAACUGGGCAGUCCAGACCCCGUCGCGUCUUUGGUGUUUAGAGACGAAAAGAAGAAAACAAGGUCGAUUAACAAUGAAGUGAACCCGGUGUGGAAUGAGACGCUUCAGUUUGAUUUAAAAGGUGUUCCUCUUGAUUCUUCCUCCUACAUUGAUGUGAUUGUGAAAGACUACGAGACUCUCGGAAAGGACAAAUUAAUUGGUUCUGCAAAGGUCUUUUUAAAAGACCUAGCCAGUAGUCAAGUUAAGUCUCUCCCAGUCAAAAACUUGACUCUGGUGGAUGAAAAUGGAAAGAGCAUAGGGGGAACCAUCAGCAUGACGGUUGGAUAUGAGCCACCUGCCGGUGCUGUAGCGAACCCACUUGAUCAACAAGAUGGAAACAUUGGUGGAAACACAGCUGAAGGUGAAGCAGGAGAUGCCCCUGAUGCUGGGUCACGGGGUGCGUUCACGUCCCCUGGUGAGCCAGGCCAGAAACUUCAGCUUAGGUCCAGGAACCGUAAUAAUCUGGCUAAUAAACCUCAGGACUUUCAGAUCCGUGUGCGGGUGAUUGAGGGGCGUCAGUUGCCAGGAAAUAACAUCAAACCAGUGGUCAAAGUGCAUGUCUGUGGAGAAACACACAGGACAAGGAUCAGGAAGGGGAAUAACCCUUACUUUGAUGAGAUAUUCUUUUUUAACAUCAACAUGUUGCCAUCUGAACUGUUCGAUGAAGUUAUAAGCUUUCGGGUGUAUAACUCUUCUUCUUUUAGAGCAGACUGUCUCAUGGGUGAAUUCAAGCUUGAUAUUGGUUACAUCUAUGAUGAACAAGCUCACUGUAUCAUGAAGAAAUGGAUUCUCUUGAAUGACCCUGACGACUCAAGCUCGGGAGCAAAGGGUUAUCUUAAAGUUAGCAUGUUUGUGGUGGGAACUGGAGAUGAACCGCCGGUGGAAAAGAAAGAGCAGGACAGUGAUAAGGAUGAUGUGGAGAGCAACCUGCUGCUGCCAGCUGGCGUUGCUCUGAGAUGGGUUACGCUUAAACUCAAAGUGUUUCGCGCUGAGGACAUCCCACAGAUGGAUGACUCCAUUACCCAGUCUUUAAAAGAAGCAUUUGGGGGUCAAGUAAACAAGAAAAACCUAGUGGAUCCAUUUGUUGAGGCCUGGUUUGCUGGCAAAAAGCUCUGUACACAAAUAAUUGAGAAGAACGCAAACCCAGAGUGGAACCAACAACUCAAUCUGCAGGUCAAGUUUCCAUCCAUGUGUGAAAGAAUCAAGCUGACUGUGUAUGACUGGGAUCGCCUCACUAGGAAUGACACCAUUGGCACCACAUAUCUGGAUCUGACCAAAAUAGCGUCCUCUGGUGGAGAAAGUGAAGAGGAUCAUCCAGGAGAUGAAUUUUCAGCAAGAGAAACUGGAGAAUCUGGGAUUGGCUUCCUGCCUACCUUUGGGCCAUGCUAUAUAAAUCUUUAUGGCAGCCUGAGAGAGUUCUCAGGUUUACCUGAUCAAUAUGAUGACCUUAAUCUAGGCAAGGGUGAAGGAGCGGCUUAUCGAGGGAGAAUUCUUGUUGAACUCUCUACAAAACUUGAUGGAAAGACUGACAAAUCUGUGGAAGAAAUAUCAAGCGAUGAUAUCUUAGUAGUUCAAAAAUAUCAGCGCAGGAGGAAGUAUUGUCUGUGUGCAGUGUUUCACAGUGCUACUAUGAUCCAAGAACCCGGAGAGCCCAUUCAGUUUGAAGUUAGCAUCGGCAACUAUGGAAACAAGAUGGACCUAACGUGCAAACCUCUGGCUUCAACUACACAGUACAGCUGUGCUGUUUUUGAUGGUAAUAAUUACUACUACCUGCCCUGGGGUGACACUAAACCUGUAGUUGCCGUUACUUCUUUUUGGGAGGAUAUCAGUCACCGGUUAGACUCCCUGAAUAUCCUUCUGUAUAUAUCUAACCGUUUGCAAACAAACAUCAAUGCAUUAAAGUUUGCAGUACAGUCCAAAGCUACAGAUGCACGACUAGUAGAAAUCUGGCUAAAGCUCAUCAACCAGUUAAUGGAAGAUAUCAGCAGCUUAAAAAUUCCUGACCUGGAAGGGAAGCCCAAUCUCACGUCACUGGAUAUUCAGAUAAAGAAGUUACGGGAUAAGGCCCUGGAGGGCAUCAUGGAAGGGGCCAAGCGCUUGUUUGAAGAGGCCACAGAUGUUAAUAAGUGCUUGACUAUCAUUGAAGGCUGGCUUGAGAAACUCAGGCAACUCGCAGAGGAGCCUCAGAACAGCAUGCCUGAUGUCAAUAUCUGGAUGUUGAGAGGAGAGAAGAGGGUAGCGUACACCCGCAUCCCAGCCCAUCAAGUGCUCUAUUCGUCCUACUGUGAGCAGGCAUGUGGCCAAUACUGUGGGAAGACCCAGACUGUUUUUAUGCAGUAUCCAAUGGACAGCAAAAAGGGUUUGAAGAUUCCUGUUAAGAUACGUGUGAACAUGUGGUUAGGACUGGCAACAGAGGAAAAGAAGUUCAAUCACUAUGCACAAGGGAUGUUCAAUGUAUUUGCAGAGCUGUAUGAAAAUCAGGCUCAGGUUCUGGGAAAAUGGGGCACCACUGGUCUGCUGAAUCGUAGCAAGUUCUCUGAUGUUACAGGCAAAAUCAAGCUGAAGCAUGAGUACUUCAUGCCCCCUGUUGGCUGGGAGUGGGAAGGUGAUUGGAGUGUUGAUCCAGAGAAAGCUCUGCUGACCGAGGCUGAUGCUGGACACACAGAGUUUGUGGAUGAGGUGUAUGAGAAUGAGACCCGAUUCCCAGGAGGUGAAUGGAAGCUGGCCGCAGAGACUUACACCGAUGUGAAUGGAGAAAAAGUUCUGGGCCCUAAAGAGAUUGAGUGCCCAUCUGGCUGGACCUGGGAGGAUAACUGGACCUUUGAUGUCAACCGUGCUGUAGAUGAAAAAGGUUGGGAAUAUGGCAUCACCAUUCCACCUGACGAAAAGCCCAAAUCCUGGGUAGCUUGUGAAAAGAUGUACCAUGUUCAUCGUCGCAGAAGAAUGAUUCGACCUCGCAAAAAGAUUCCUGGUGCCAAAACGGCUGAUAAGAAGGAUACAGGAAAUGCAGAGGGGUGGGAAUACUCUUCACUCAUCGGCUGGAAGUUCCACAGACAGCAACGAUCAUCUGACACUUUCCGUCGGCGCCGCUGGAGAAGGAAGAUGGCACCUGCUGAUCGGGUUGGAGCCUCUGCCAUUUUCAAGCUAGAGGGUGCCCUGGGAGUCGACAUGGAAAGUGAUGAAAAAGGGGCCAAAGCAGAUGCAUCUGUUAAGCAGUUUGGAGCAAACACACCAACUAUUUCAUGUACAUUUGAUCGAGCCAACGCGUACCACUUGAGAGUCUAUGUUUACCAGGCCAGAAACCUCACUGCUCUAGACCAAGACAGUUUUUCAGAUCCGUACGUCCACGUGUCCUUCUUGCAUCACAGCCAAACAACAGAGACCAUCCAAAGCAACUUGAACCCAACAUGGGAUCAAACUCUUAUUUUUAAAAAUGUGGAAAUCUAUGGUGAUCCCCAAUCUCUGGUCCAGAAUUCACCAGUAGUGGUUAUGGAAAUCUUUGACCGUGAUCAAGUGGGUAAAGAUGAAAUGCUUGGUAGAAGUACAUGUGUACCUUUGGUGAAGUUGGCUUCAGGUAUGGAUGGAUCUCCCAAACUUCUCUGGGAACCUGUAACACACAAAAACGCUUCGGCUGGGGAGAUUUUAGUGGCUGCAGAGCUCAUUCUGAAGACAAAGGGAAAUGACACUGAACUUCCCCUUGUUCCCCCAAAACGGGGAGAUAAUCUCUAUAUGGUUCCUCAAGGGGUGCGUCCAGUAGUGCAGCUCACUGCCAUAGAGGUUUUAGCAUGGGGACUGCGUAACAUGAAGAUGUAUCAACUGGCUCCAGUGACUUCACCCUGUCUGGUGGUAGAGUGCGGAGGAGAGCGCGUUCAGACAGCUGUCAUCAAAAACAUGAAGAAAUGCCCCAAUUUCCAAGGAAAUGUCCUCUUUUUAAAAGUGCUUCUACCAAAGGAAGAGAUGUAUACUCCACCUAUUGUGCUGAAAGUCAUUGACCAUAGACCUUUUGGACGGAAACCUGUGGUGGGUCAAUGCACCAUCACUUCCCUGGAAGAGUUCCGAUGUGACCCGUAUGUCACAGUUGCUGAGGUUGCCAUGUCUUCAAAAGUGGCUUUGAUGGCAGCUAGUCCAGGACAUCUCUCAGUAAACAUUGAUGAUAGCAGACAGCAACUUCUAGAAGCUCAGUACAUGUAUGGCAUCUCAGCUGCUGUUGACAAAAUAGCCACCUCUGGUCACCGUCAACGUGAGAAGGAGAAAGAGACGGUUGAUUGGUGGAGUAAGUUUUAUGCUUCCCUUGGGCAAAGUGAGAAAUGCCGCCCAUAUCUUGACAAAGGAUAUGACACACUGGAGGUUUUUGAGCAUGAGCUUGAAAAUGUAAAGGAGUUUAUGGGUCUCACUGAUUUCUGUAAAACCUUCAAAUUGCAACGUGGGAAAAAUGAAACUGAUGAUGAGGACCCCAAUGUAGUUGGAGAAUUUAAGGGCUCUUUUAUGGUCUACCCAUUGCCUGAUGAUCCAUCGGUGUUGCCUCCACCACGUCAGUUCAGAGAGCUGCCCGACAGUGUCUCUCAGGAGUGUGUGGUCAGAAUCUACGUGGUUCAAGGCAUCGACCUGCAACCCAAAGACAACAAUGGCAAAUGUGAUCCAUACAUCAAAAUCUCUUUGGGAAAAAAGUCUGUUGAUGAUAGAGACAACUAUAUGCCACUGACUCUCAACCCAGUGUUCGGAAGAAUGUUUGAAGUUACAUGCUUCCUCCCUCAAGACAAGGACUUGAAAAUUGCCGUCUAUGACUUUGAUCUGCUUAGCCGUGAUGAGAAAGUUGGGGAGACCGUGAUUGACUUGGAAAACCGGUUCCUUUCUCACUUUGGGUCAAGCUGUGGUUUAGCCCAGACAUACUGCAUCUCUGGACCAAAUCAGUGGCGUGAUCAGCUCAAACCUUCUCAGAUUCUUGAGCAUCAUGCUCGUUGGAAAGGAUUAAGUCCACCUCGAAGUGAAGACAAUGGAAACACAUUAUCCUUUGGUGGCCAACUGUAUAGUCUCUCUGACUUUGAAGCAAACAAGGAAAUUCAUGAACACCUGGGACCCCCAAGUGAACGGAUUGCUCUGCAUGUCCUCAGAACUCAAGGUCUGGUUCCAGAGCAUGUUGAAACCAGAACUCUAUACAGUAGCUUCCAGCCAACUCUCCCGCAGGGAAAACUACAGAUGUGGGUUGACAUUUUCCCAAAAAGCCUGGGGGCUCCUGGACCUCCUUUUGACAUAUCUCCACGCAAAGCAAAAAAGUUCUUCUUACGUGUCAUUGUUUGGAACACAACCGAUGUAGUUUUGGAUGAAACCAGUAUUACUGGAGAAAAUAUGAGUGACAUCUAUGUCAAGGGUUGGAUGCAAGGAAUGGAGGAAGAUAAGCAGAAAACGGAUGUUCAUUACCGAUCUUUAGAUGGCGAUGGGAAUUUCAACUGGAGGUUUGUUUUCGGAUUUGAUUAUCUGCCCACGGAGCAGCUGUGUCAUGUAUCUAAAAAGGAGCAUUUUUGGAGUCUUGACAAAUCAGAGUUCAGAAUACCACCCAAGCUGUCUGUUCAAAUAUGGGACAAUGAUAAAUUCUCACUGGAUGAUUAUCUGGGUGCUGUUGAACUUGAUCUGCACCACCUUAUUAGCCCUUCUAAAUCAUCAGAGAAAUGUAGCCUUAGCAUGUUGCCGGAUGGACCUGCACCUCCAAAAUCAGACCAAUACAAAUCUCUGUUUGAUCAGAAGUCAGUAAGAGGAUGGUGGCCGUGCUACAUGGAAAAAGACGGGAAGAAGGAGCUUGGUGGAAAGGUUGAGUUGACUUUGGAGAUUGUGAACGAGAAGGAAGCAGAUGAGAGGCCUGCUGGAAAAGGCAGAGAUGAGCCCAAUAUGAACCCGAAACUGGAUCCUCCCAAGCGACCUGAAACCUCCUUCUUCUGGUUCACAAAUCCAUGCAAGACAUGCAAGUUCAUAGUGUGGCGAAGAUUCAAGUGGCUGUUCAUCGGCCUGGUUGUGCUCAUCUUAGUGCUGUUGUUCAUUGGGAUCUUGCUUUAUUCAUUACCGAACUACAUUUCAAUGAAGAUCGUCAAACCCUUCAGUUGAGCGAAGGGAUGAUAUCAAAGGAGGAUAUCAACUUUUGCCGUUUUUAUCCACGUUUGUUGGCAUGAUUUGGGUUCUUCUACGCAUCUCGACACUUAACAGAAAUAGUUUGUUUUGUUUGUGUUGUUAAUCACAUGCACAUCCAUCGAUACAGUGUUCAUUUUGUUGUGUCCUGUUACAUUUGAUUCUAUAGGCAUUUGCCAUUAAUCACAUUUUGCACCAAUAUUAAUCAUCAAUAUUCACUUUUUGGUUCAGGUUUUACUAACGUUUAGACACAUUUGUACACAAACCAUGAAGUUUUUUUUUGAAAAAAAAAAAUAUUUUAUUGUAUUAUAACCUCAGAACAUUUUAAAGUUUGUUAGUUAAAAUAAAAUAUGAAAUUGUUGAAUAAAGAUAUUAACAUGUUUGAUAAAAUUA